AUGAAUAUCCCUCCUGUGUCAUUGGGCGAAAGCUCCAAAAGAUCCCCCGAGGCAUCGUUUCGCCAUCCUAAUUCUCACCAUCAACAAUCACACCCACCUACAUCCAUAAGAAGAGAAUCCUUUCAUUAUCCUGGAGAAAGGCCCCAUCCCCCACCAUUAAGGUCCGCUUAUAGCUUCGUCACACCUUCAGCCUCCUCUUCGGCACAUCAAUUACGUACACCGCAAGAAACGGACAAGAGAGAUUGGCAGACCUCACCUCAAACGCAAACUUCGCCCAAUAUUGAUAGACAUUCGGAAAAAGAAGAAUUGACCACAAAAGGCAGAAAGAGAAAGAGGUUGGCAAAAGCUUGUAGUGCUUGUCAUAAAAAUAAAAGACGUUGCGAUGGUUUUGCUCCAUGUUCUAAUUGCGAGUUCUCCAACCGACCUUGUUUGUACGUCAACGCCCAAGGAGAUCCGAUUCCACCACCUCGAACGAGGGAUUCAUCCAUUGCUCCUGCUCGAGGCAGCAAGGACGAUCCCAAAGGCAAUGGUAAUCAUGAUCGAAAAACCAGUGGAGAAAGUAACUGGUCGAGAAGAGAGAGUAUCAAAGAUGAUCCCGAGAUUUCAAGAAGACCUUCUUUGGGUCCCAUACAAGCGGUUGAGCAAGAUCCAGCGUUGAGUGCCGAGCUUCUUGAUAUCUUUUUCAAGCAUUGCGUACCUUUAUCUAUAAUGUUCCAUGCCCCGACUUUCCAUUAUCGAUUUUAUCUUAAUCAAAUUUCACCAAUCCUUUUGGACGUGAUUUACGCCUUUUCAGCUCGAUUGUCCGAAAAUCCGGCUUUUCUUUCCACUUUCUCACCCUCUCAGCCACCUCAUCUUAGAGGUGAAGCUUUUGUGCAUCGAGCUCACGCUGCCGCCCAACGAAUGAUCGAUAUUCGAAAAACAUGGACCGAGGAGGAAAGACGCAUGGAUAGAGGAACGUGGCAUGAAACCGAACUCGCGCAGGCAACUUAUCUGCUCAGUGUUUAUUUCAGUUGUUUGAGACAGCCUAAAAUAGGUUUGUUUUACCUCGAUGCAGGACUCGAUAUUCUUCGACCCUCGGUAUCACCAUAUAUCCCACCUCCUGCAACGCACCUGGGGUUGAGCUCCAUGGAUUACAAUACCUUGAUGGAGACUAGAACGAGAAGUUUCUGGUUACUGAUCCUUCACGACUUUUGCGCCGCUGCCAACGGUCGACCUAGACGAUUCAACGAGUCCAACUUAGGAAAUGUUCCUUUACCUGGUCCGGAGAGUCUCUGGACUAGAUGGGGAGGUAAUGCUGCUGGUGGGAGAGAACCUGGAAGAAGGGAUGGCAUGAUUCCGGGAAGUGGCAAUUGGCCCGGCGAGGAAGGUCAAGUUGGAGAGAUGGGGCAUGUCCUACGUAUAGUUUCGAUCUUCGCCGAUAUCAUGUGUCUUGCGACUGAUACCAAGGCCGAUCGAUCGGAAACCAAGCAAAAUCUCGCUUCCAGGUACGAGUCGGCCCUAAAAAGUUGGGCCAUGGCUCUACCUCGACAUCUUCAUUUUGACGAGCAUAAUCUCGCUGCAGCAGUCAGCAAGAUUUCAUCUCCCAUUGUGGAUAACAAGACAACAGGGUGGAUGUACGCAUACAUGCAUGCCGUUGCUGAAUGCGGAAUGUUCUAUCUUCAAGCUGCGGUGGCUCAGUAUACCGAUGGAACUUAUACGGCUCAAAGACAAAGUCAAGCCGUGGACAAUCUGUCGGUAAUUAUGGAUACUAUAGGGAAACCUGGUCGUGAAGGAUGUGGCUUCCUUUUCCCAUUAUUCGUAGUCUCAAACUGGCAAGAGCACCUCAAGAUGUCCAACCUGAUCGUUCCUGGACCCCAGCAAGUGAUCCUGGAAGAACGUCUGUCAGUUUGGUGGAACGAGAUGCGACUUGAAUGGGGAAGUGAGCGACAAGAAUUGCUACAGAAAGGGUUCUAUUCCAUCAACUCCAACUCCAACUCGAUACAUCCGUCAUUGCCUACACCUAGAUAUUCCCAAUCGAGUAUCGAGAUGCCUUCUUCUGGACUUGGAUUAAGUCUAUAUCAAACAUCACCGGUGAGAACAAUGACCGAAACCGCUUCAGCUGUAUCUGCAACAUCACCCAUAUCGACCAUGUCAAUUUCUACCCCACACAUGUCAUCAUAUUCCCGUUUCUCUGUACCUUCCCUACCACCACUUCGGCCUAGAGCUCAAUCGUCUGCUGCAUCGAUGGGAAUGUCAUUCUCGAUAGAUUCAGCUUCUCCACCUUUAGGUUUUCAUAGAGGAUUACCUGGAAUUGGAAUCGGGAUUGGAUCGAAGAUGUCAUCAUCUGAUCGAAGUGAACCAAUCUCAUUACCACCUUUAAGUGCAGACUUACAUUCGAAAUUCAGGGAACCGAGUUUCUCAUCUUCUUCGGCGUUCAAUCACAUGAAUAAUAACAACAAUAACAGUUCAAGGCAUCAUCCUUACGCGAGAGAUCAGCUCAGGUCACCAAGGAUGAGUUGGGCAGGUCCAAACUCGAACAACAGUAUAAGUAAGUCACUGGGUGAUGGUGAGAGGAAAGAAAGAGAGCCAUUAUUGGGUAUAGCGGCAUUAGUCAGUGCGGCUGAGAAAGAAAGGGAAAGAGAGAGGGACAGGGACAAAAGAACAUUGACUACUGCAUAG